AUGCAACAAGAUGGCUUUUUGAUUGAAACUUUUGAGUCGUUUGCAGAAGCUUUCUGUAAUAUACCACAGCACAAAAGAGAGCCUAACCCCAUUGACAAUUAUCUCAAUGUUCCAGUGUGGGACUACAACUACACUGAACAAGGAAUCGUUAAACUAACAAAACAAAUAAAGCUCCACGAUGGGGUUUUAUAUGAUUCCUUGACUGUGCUAGAGUUGAUAUUUCAAUUACAAGCUAAAGUACAAAUACAGUGCCAGGGAAUAUGGUAUAAAGUCAUAGUGAAGAAGAUUAUUGAGGAGUUAUAUGAUUAUUUUAUAUUUCUUCUAGAUUCACCAUUGCAUCAUGGAGAAGAAAUUAUCAUGUUACAGCCACCAUUUGCUUAA